GAAAGAGCCCAAGACGACAACUAAAGUCAGAUAGGAGUUCUAAGUUUGAAUGGAAUAUCUUUGAAGAAAAGAAAAACAGUUCAAAAUUUUUAAAAGUUGCGAUUUCAUAUUAGACAAGACGAGAUUGUUGAUUGUUUUUGUUGUUGCAGAUAAUAAUUAUAAUAACAAAAUGGAAAUCGGAGGUAGAAGACUGAAAAACGUAGAAACAAUGGCCGUCGGAUCGGUUACGCAAUCAGGACCUCCACCAAGAUCAAACAAAACUUAUUUGGAAAACCCCAAAAUACCCAUAGCAGUUGCUCUUCUCAUUGCUGAUGCGGUCUUCGUCUUCCUCAUUAUCGCAUUUGUCCCCUAUACAAAGAUAGAUUGGGAUGCUUAUAUGUCACAGGUUAAGGGUUUUUUGGAAGGGGAGAGAGAUUACAGGAACCUGAAGGGUGAUACUGGUCCUCUUGUCUACCCUGCUGGAUUUCUGUAUAUUUACUCCGCAUUUCUUUAUCUUACUGGAGGACAAGUUUAUCCUGCUCAGAUUUUGUUUGGAGUUUUGUAUAUCAUUAAUCUUGUAAUUGUUCUCCUCAUCUAUGUCAAGACCGAUGUGCUGCCGUGGUGGGCCCUUUGCUUGCUUUCUCUGUCCAAACGAGUGCAUUCUAUCUUUGUUCUUCGUCUCUUUAAUGAUUGUGUGGCCAUGACACUUCUUCAUGCUGCAUUACUCUUACUCAUGCACCGAAGGUGGAAUUUGGGUUUGAUUGUGUUUAGUGGGGCUGUUUCGGUAAAGAUGAAUGUGCUUCUUUAUGCUCCACCUUUACUGCUCCUCAUGCUAAAGGCGAUGGACAUCGGCGGUGUGUUAUUGGCAUUAGCUGGUGCAGCACUGGUUCAGAUAUUAUUAGGGCUUCCAUUCUUGGUUUCACAUCCAUUUGCAUACAUAUCAGGAGCCUUCAAUCUUGGCCGUGUCUUCAUCCAUUUCUGGUCUGUUAACUUCAAAUUCAUCCCUGAACCAGUAUUUGUAUCCAAGGGAUUUGCGAUCUUUUUGUUGGCUGCUCACCUCAUAACACUUGCUUCAUUUGCACAUUAUAGAUGGUGCAAACAUGAAGGAGGGCUUCUCAAGUUUCUGCAUUCAAGAUAUGUCUUUAUGAGAAUGAGGUUUGCGCUUUUCUUCUCCUCUGCUUUUAAGAAGUUUGAGAAGAGCAUUUCAUCGUCCAUCAAGAUCCUUACUAAAGAACAUAUUGUGACUACUAUGUUUGUUGGAAAUUUCAUUGGCAUUGUAUGCGCUCGGUCGUUGCAUUAUCAGUUCUAUUCGUGGUACUUCCAUAGCUUACCAUACUUGUUGUGGAAAACGCGCUACCCAACAUUGGUCCGAUUGAUUUUGUUCAUGGGAGUAGAGCUGUGUUGGAAUAUCUAUCCUUCAAAUAAUAUCUCAUCAUCUUUACUUCUCUGCCUCCACUUAAUUAUUCUCUGGGGUUUGUGGUCUGCUCCACCUGAGCAUCCUUAUGUAGAAAAAGAACCACCAUCCCACAAAGACAAAUAGAAGUUCAAAGCUUCCUCUCCCUCUAUUCUGUGGAGGAAUUGGAUUAACUGGGCAAGUGAUUUUUCCCUUAUCACGCGUUCCCCUUUGAUGUAAAUGUUUGUUUGUGGUGUAUCUGGGAGCUAAUCUUAGAAUUACUAUCUGCCUACUUGGUUGUAAAAUUUUUGUACUUCAUAUGUUUUUGUACUUUAGAUCACGGUGGCCGCAUUAUCUUGUAAGGAAUUAUAGUAUUUGAUAGCAUAAAUGAGUUUUUGGUCCAUUA